AUGCCACACAGUAACAGUAAUAGCAACAACUAUAGAUCCCCAGCACCGCACAGACAGAUAAGUCAACCAUUCAAUUACUCUGGGCCUGUCGCAAGACCAAGACUCUUUACGGAUGGUUAUAAGGAUACCGGUGAGACGGGGACAAGUCCCGGACGCGGAAUGGGGGGCGGUGGAGAUGGAUUCGAGUCCUUCUCAACGGUUAUUGGUACAGGUAAUUUUGUGAAUGGGAAUGCGAAUAUGAAUGCGAAUACAGCUGCGAUAAGACUGCAGAAUGAGGAACAACAAACGAUGGAGGAACGGGUUGAAUUACCUUGA